UUGUUUUUAAAAAUGUGAAGGUAGCUAGACAUUGUUGAUACGUUCCAAGUCGUCUUGGUGUGGCGGAUCCUUUUGUGCCUUCGGGGUCCUGCGGCCAACUGACCCACAGACAUCAGCCAUGACGGCUGGCCACCUGAUCCUGCUGCAGUUCAGCAUGCACUGCUUCAAGAUCAUCUUUAUAUACUGCAUCUGCGUGAAUGUCCUGGAGCAUCUUGUGCAGCGGGUGCAGGACACAUGACCGUGGUGGCAGGGCAAUGGAGGUCGCAGUAAUCCGAACCGUGAAACAAUAAAAAAAAUAAAAAUAAAGAAUCCGCAGUUUGGCACCCCACCGAA